UAAGCAAGGCAACAAUCACACUUAAAAGUACCUAGAAAAGUCUAUAUUUUUUAUUUAAUUUUUUAUUUUUGGAACUGCAUGAUUUUUUAUCAAACAUGAAGGAAUAUGACCAGGUGAUAUUCGUGGAUCAGCUAAAACACCAACGAGAUGUGGCCGGUCAAAUCGAGAAAACUCGUCUCAAGUGGCAAAAGCAGAGCUCCUGGUUUGCCGUUGCGCAAAGGGGGCAUUAUUCUCAAUAUGCCACAAUUUACGCGGAGUGCCUAAAAAAAUAUGGAGAUAAAAAGUUUGGGUUUUAUGCGAAAAGAAAUCGCCUAAGCCUGAAGUUCGCUUGCAACGAGAAGGAACCGAAUGCAAUGAAUCAGAACGACCAGAAGUCGGAUUUAAAAUCAAUGGAUCACCUAAAAAGGUACAAGUUUCCAAAAACGACAAACGGUGAAUAUGGGAGUGUGCCUCCUUCACGAUUAUAUUUUUGUUUCUAAAUUGUUUUCGAGUUAUAGUUUCUAUUGAAUAAAUAAAAACAAAAUUAAGUC